CUUCACUUUCUCCUCCAAAACAUCACGCUCACUCUUCUCCUUCGUGUAGAGUAUUCAUUACUCUCAUCCCCUCUCAGUCUCUGGGAUCUGGUGUUUCGUCCUCUCACUUUUGAUUCUUUUCAAGAGUUACUUUUUUUCGUGUGUGUUUUUCGCAAGGCAAGCUGCCAGUGUCUUUUCAUACCUUCCCAGUCCAAAAUGUCUACUGAGGUUUACGAGGGUGCCAUCGGCAUCGAUCUUGGCACAACCUACUCUUGCGUUGCCAACUAUGAGGGCACAAACGUAGAAAUCAUUGCCAACGAGCAGGGUAACUUCACAACCCCCUCUUUCGUCUCCUUCAGCGCCGAGGAGCGUUUGAUCGGUGAGGCCGCAAAGAACCAGGCUGCUAUGAAUCCCGAGAACACUAUCUUCGAUAUCAAGCGUCUUAUUGGACGAAGAUUCGAGGACCCCGUUGUCAAGAAGGAUGUUGAGUCCUGGCCAUUCAAAGUUGUCGACCAGGGUGGUAACCCCAUGGUUCAGGUUAGCUAUCUUGGUGAGGAGAAGACCUUCUCUCCUCAGGAGAUCUCCUCCAUGGUUCUUAUGAAGAUGAAAGAGGUUGCGGAGACCAAGCUUGGUAAGAAGGUCUCCAAAGCUGUCAUUACCGUCCCAGCUUACUUCAACGACAACCAGCGUCAGGCCACUAAGGAUGCUGGCGCCAUUGCUGGAUUGAAUGUUCUCCGUAUCAUUAACGAGCCCACUGCUGCUGCUAUUGCGUAUGGCUUGGGAUCCGGAAAGUCUGACAAGGAGCGCAAUGUCCUCAUCUACGAUUUGGGUGGUGGGACUUUCGAUGUUUCUCUUCUUAACAUCCAGGGUGGUGUGUUCACCGUCAAGGCUACAGCUGGUGAUACCCAUCUUGGUGGCCAGGACUUUGAUACCAACCUCCUCGAUCACUUCAAGAAAGAGUUCCAGCGAAAGACCAAGAAGGAUCUCUCUGGUGACGCCAGAGCCCUCCGCCGCCUCCGAACUGCUUGCGAGCGUGCCAAGCGUACCCUUUCCAACGCUACCCAGACCACUGUCGAGAUUGAUUCGCUGUUCGACGGUGAAGACUUCAACGCUCAGAUCACUCGUGCCCGUUUCGAGGAUCUCAACGCCAAGGCCUUCGCUGGCACACUGGACCCUGUUCAGCAGGUGCUUAAGGAUGCUGCUUUGGACAAGAGCGAAGUUCAUGAGAUCGUCCUCGUUGGCGGUUCCACCCGUAUCCCUCGCAUCCAGAAACUCUUGAGCGAUUUCUUCGAUGGCAAGAAGCUCGAGAAGAGCAUCAACCCCGAUGAGGCCGUCGCCUAUGGUGCUGCUGUCCAGGCUGGUAUCUUGUCUGGCCAGGCCACCUCUGCUGAUACCCAAGACCUCCUCCUUUUGGACGUUGUUCCUCUCUCUCUUGGUGUUGCCAUGGAGGGUAACAUUUUCGCUCCCGUUGUUCCCCGUGGCCAGACCGUGCCAACUAUCAAGAAGCGCACCUUCACCACCGUCGUUGACAACCAGACGACCGUGCAAUUUCCUGUUUUCCAGGGUGAACGUACCAACUGUGAUGACAACACCUCCUUGGGUGAAUUCACCCUGUCCCCUAUCCCGCCAAUGAAGGCCGGUGAUGCUGCUUUGGAGGUUGUCUUCGAGGUCGAUGUCAACGGUAUCUUGAAGGUUACUGCUACUGAGAAGUCCUCUGGCCGCAGCGCCAACAUCACUAUCUCCAAUGCUGUCGGCAAGCUGUCCACCACUGAGAUCGAGAACAUGAUCAACGAGGCUGCCAAGUUCAAGUCCUCCGACGAGGCUUUCACCAAGAGAUUUGAGGCCCGCCAGCAACUUGAAUCCUACAUCACUCGCGUUGAAGAGAUCGUCUCCGACCCAUCCAUGUCCCUCAAGAUCAAGCGGGGCACCAAGGACAAGAUUGAAUCCGCUCUCAGCGACGCCAUGGCACAGCUUGAGAUUGAGGACUCCUCUCCUGAGGAUCUCAAGAAGAAGGAGCUUGCUCUCAAGAGACUCAUUACCAAGGCUAUGGCCACACGAUAAAUGCCUUGCAUAAUUAACCAAAAAGGGAAAAAGAAGAAUGUCUCGCCAUUCCCAGCAAGACAUGCAAAUGCUGAUGACAGACUUACGCUUUUUUACCUGAUACGAGACCCCAGUGCAUGAAUGGGAUGGUAACUACUUUUCUAAUGUUUCUUGCAUGACUGUUUUACGGGGUUCUAAAAAGGGAUAUGCGCGUUCUUUUAUGCUUUUGAUUAGGUACUUUUCUUGCUAUUUUGUGUUCUUUUACAUUUAUUUGAGAUGCCCGAUCCAUUGUUGUAGGUAGCGCCUCUGGAGCUUUCUUUCACGACUUGCAAAUGGAUAGACUGUGUCUGAAUUUUCUC